AUGCAUAUUUUUAGGUAUAAUUGUGGCGAUGAGAGUUGCUAUUUGGACUUAGCUCGUCUUCGAGGUGUCAAAUAUUUCACAUGGGCGAAAAAUGACAAAGUGAUUGCAGUUGGUGAGAAUCUUCAACGCGCGGGCCAGUCGCAUAAGAAAUUUCAGAACUACCGUUUUGAUGGAGCCGAAUUCCGAAGGCUUGUCCUUCUGCAAAUCGAAUAUGUCCGACGUCACCCUGCAUAUGUUGCUGAAGUAAGAAAACGAAGGAGGAAGCAAUUUAACGAGGAGCUGUGAAG